GUCAAAGCUGGAUUCUGUUUGCUCGUGUCCUAAUUCGACCUUGAACAAACACAAUCGGACUGUAGCUGGUUUCUUUCGUUGCAUGUAACGAGUUAAAAAGUUAAAAUCAAGGAUUCGGAUUUGUUUUGCCCAACAGCAGUUUUUCCCUUGAGUUAUACUCCACGUUGUCGUGGUGGGAUCCAACAAAGGAAGGCAACCACCUGACAAAACAAACACAAAGGCCAAGAGGUUUAGACCAAAGAGAAAAAGAAGACCAAGUAAACUAAUAUUAUAAAAUCCCCAACGGUCAGAUGGAAUUCUAAAAAGACCCACUAACGCUCACUCCCUCUUUGUCUCUCUGCUCUCUAACCGUUACUUAGAUCUCCCUCCUUCAGUCCUUCCCUCUCUCUCUGUCCUGAACCCUUUCUCCAUUUCUGCCUCCUCCUCUCUCUAAUUCUAGCACUCUCUCAAAUCCCAAGUGUUUCUCUCUCUUUAAUUCUCUAUGGAACCAGCAAAAAUCGAUUGGAAGAGAAUAGACUCCAGAUUUGUUGAGGACUGUGUUUAUGAGCACAUCAAUGCACCCAAAUGGGUUGAUUUUUUGGCCGUUGAAGACGCCAUUGACGAUGAAGCCUGGUUCUGCAGACCUGAUUGUAAGCAUCCGAAGACAGCUGAGGAUUUCCUUAAAACGACUCCACCUUCAAAGCUUGCACGAUCAGCUAAUGGCGGUGGAAGUGGAGGCCUUCCACUUCGAGAAUGGAAUCAAGGAGAUGCAAAACUGAAGAGAAGAGGACAAAGUCAAUCUUCAAAAUUUUCAAAGAUUGAUCCUACAUUCAACGAAGAUGGUGAAAACCAGAACCCAAAUUUAUCAACUCCUCCAAAUCACCAAGCUAAGUCUUUGAAAGCCGCAAUGAAGUCAAGCAGUGAAAAGAAGAAACCAAUAGAUGAUAUCUCCCAAAGUGAUGAGAUGCCGCGGCUGAAAAGUACUUUGUCAGCUAGGAAUUUGUUUGCUGGUAGGGAUAUACUAAAUCAUAUAACUGACUUUUGCAAUGAAUUGAAGAAAUUGACGACCAGAGCAAGGGAAAGAGAAAAUGAGGAAAAGUUGAGUGAGAAGAAGAGUCAAGAGGCUGCAGUAGUGAAGGAGGUUUCUGGCCAAGUGUUGGGUGAGUUGGACGCGAUAGAGAAAGAGAGGAGGCCCCAACUUGAAUUGGGUAAAGAGAAACUUGAAGGAAUUGAAAAUGGAAGUGCAAAGGAAAAAGAAAGGAAGAAGAAAACACAUGAUGAGGCAGAGAACAUUCCCGUCUCUCUAAACUUGGAGAAUGUAAAGCACAAAGGAGAAGAACGGGUGCUGCAAAUACGGACCAAUCCACCCUCCCCUCAGUGCUUUUCUGCCCCUCAUGCGCCCAUGAAGACCACCCCUUCUAAGGCUUCCAGAUCCAGACUUAUGGAGAGGGGGAUCCUUCAAGAACUGAAGCAAAACAAGGAGAUGAAAAAAGAUGAUCCAGCAGCCAAACCCGGAGGUGUUCCUACUAAUCUUAUUGAUGGAAGACAAGCGAGAGCAUUGGAUGUAUUUUGGUUCCUGAAGCCUUGUACACUGUCUGAGUGAACACUUCGAUAUCAAACAAGAAACUCACAUACAUUCUUUCAUUCUUUCCGUAUACCUUAAAACUUCUAUGUUCUGUUUACUUCGUUGAUUAUUCAAGUGUCAGCUUCACAGCUCUUAGUUAUUAGUUCCUUGAUUCAUUGAUCCUUGAUAAAAGAAAAUGUAAUUAAAGCAUUUUUUUAAUAAUUGUACUGAAAAUCCAUUUUCAGUGAAUAAAGAUGCUAUACUCCUCAUCUCCCUCUUAGUGUAAGGUGAUGAUUGUUUCUUCAAGCCUGUUAGGAAAGGGGACCUUUUGAUUAAUUGAUUAGUGUUAAAGUUAAACUCCCAUGUGCUUUUAGAAUAUGGUUUGAUUAAAAAUUGCACCUCCUUAAGUUUAAAGCCAAAUGUAUCGUAAU